AUGCCCGGAUCUUUGGCCGAUUACCUCGCCAAAAACUACCUUAAUGCAGACCCGGCUCCCGAGCGGCCUAAGAAGAAGCGCAAGAAGACCAAAACUGCAGAUACAGCAGACACAGGCAUCACGAUCGCAGACGACGACCCUCCAGACCUCCGCAAUUUCUCCAACACCGCACCAGAUGACGAAGACUCUCCCUUCAUCGACACAUCCACCGCCACAACUGAAUUCCGCCGCACCAAGAAAUCCAACUGGAAGACGGUCUCCGGGCCAGACCCGAACGAGCAAGCAGCCGCAGACGCGAUCCUAGCCUCCGCGGCGGCCGAACGCGCCACGCAACAAGGCGUCGACGAUGAAGCCCCAAUGAUCGAGGACACCGAAGGCGAUGGUCCACGGAUGGAAUCUGGGGCCCGAGCCGGUCUCCAGACAGCAGAGCAAACAGCUGCGAUGGCCCAGGAAACUAUCUACCGUGAUGCAUCUGGUCGAAUCAUCAAUGUUGCCAUGAAGCGCGCUGAAGCGAGACGGGCAGAAGAAGAGAAACGCAAAGCGGAAGAGCGUGCCCGGGAAAGUCUGCUUGGAGACGUGCAGCGACAGCAGCGCGAGGAGAGAAAACAGCAGCUGCAGGAUAUCAAAACCAUGCCUGUUGCUCGGGGCAUUGACGAUGAGGAGCGGAAUGCGGAAUUGCGGGGGGCAGAACGAUGGAAUGAUCCUGCUGCUGCGUUUUUAACGGAGAAGACGACGGCGCGGAACGCUGUCUCUGGGAAGCCGCUAUACAAGGGAUCUUUCCAACCCAACCGGUAUGGUAUUCGGCCGGGUCAUCGGUGGGAUGGUGUUGAUCGGUCUACUGGGUUUGAGAAAGAGUGGUUCGCUGCUCGGAAUAAGAAGGAUAUGAUUUCGACGUUGGAGUACCAGUGGCAGAUGGACGAGUGA